AUGGACUUGACUAACCUGGUGGACGUAGCAAAACUUUCCGGAGGAAACAGCUACCGAUUUCUUGACUUUAACCGGAAUGAUUCCCGUCACUCGAAGCGAUUUAAAGAAACGUUGCGGCGCUAUUUAUCUCGUGAAAUCGGCUGGAACACUUCAUUCGAACAAAAAGUACAUCCAGGAUUCAAAAUUGUCAAGUUUUUUGGCAAUCAUUCACAGGACCCAGACGAGAAAUGUCAACGGACAGACUUGCCAGUAGUUCAUCCAAACACGAAUUUUGGUUUCGAACUGUCUCUAGACGAAAAUGUACCGGUGCACGUUGAACGCGUUUGUUUUCAGGUGGUUCUCCAUUAUACGACGCCAAUAGGACAAAACCGCACCCGUAUCCAUACCGUCGCCGUACCCGUCACAGAUAGCUUACUGGCAGUUGCUAAAUCGGUCGAUCAACAAUGUCUGGCGGCUUAUUUGACCAAGUUGACAGCUGAAGAAUUGCUGACUAAGAAACAAUCGCAGGACGUUAUUUGCCAACAUCUGAAACACAAAUGUGAUAGCAUAUCAGCUUCGUACCGUUCUGCUCUGGCACUUUUGUCUCUAAUGGCACCGUAUAACAACCGCUAUGAUGAUGACUCGGGCGGCGCAAUGAAGGACUUUAAAUCCUUGCUGCUGUAUGUUACUUCAGUUUUACAAUCGGGAACACAACAAUUGAAAAAUCGAUCAACGGAUGACUGCGUUUCCAUUCUGGAACAGUGGAGAGUGUUGCCUGUUUCACAACUUAUUUCAUUCCUCUUCUCCAGGCUGUAUGAGGUCAGCAACAGGAAAACAAUUCAUUUGCUGGAUGCAAGGUGGGAAGAGCUGAAAAGCAGUAAUGCCUAUUUACUGGAUAUGGAAAACGUCAUUUAUUUCAUUAUUGGACGAAAUGUAAGCUACUCCUUCCUUACAGAUGUGUUUGGUGUCCUUGAUUAUGAUGAAGUUCCAGAUGAAUUGAAUGAACUGCCUAUGCUGUUGACACAAAGGUCAAACACUCUACGCUGCUUUGUUGCACAGUUGCAAAGCCAAAAAUGCCACCGAGCCCUGUUCCAGAUAGUCAAGGAAGAGUCAUCAAUCACUGACCUGCUUGAGAAUUUGCUUCUAAACUUUACUCAGUAG